CAAUACAUUUCAGUCUCUUCCAGUACGGAUAGUUCAGUGUAGAGAACAUGUCACGUUUUUUAUGUGUGUGGGGUUAGCACCUGGAGUAGAAAUUAAAAAAACAGUUUUGUAAGAACUUGGUAUCAUGAUCUAAAUAUUCCAGUUAUGUAAACCGUUUAUUUGCUAAAUACAUUUUUGUUUAAUGAAAACAAAGUUGUAACCUACCGAUAAUACGAGUCACUUUGUAUAUACUAUAAAACGCUUGCUACAAUGUGAAAUGCCAAUAGCAGAAUACUACUGGUGUUACUGGCAUUUUAAUUGUUUUAAUGUUUUUUUUAAGAAAUGCUCAAAUUAAGUCUAAGUGUUAGUAAAUUUGCAAGACCUCAAUUUUUGUGUGUCCCAGGUUGGUCUGAUAAAAGUAAGAGCAGCUGUCUGUUAAGAAUGACCUGCAGAAUGAGUGAAGAGCAGUGUUUGAAAGCGCUCCCCGCGAUGGGGAAUGAGCCCCUGAAGAGAGGCGUGGAAGGGAAGAGUGAACCGGCAGAGAACGGGAAAGGAGUGAAAAGAUUCAAGGCAAACGCCAAGGAGCCCGACGAGGAGGAGCAAAAGAAACUUCCCAAAAGGAAGGUGGUUCUACUUAUGGCAUAUUCAGGGAAAGGCUAUCACGGCAUGCAGAGAAAUGUGGGCUCAUCCCAGUUCAAGACAAUCGAAGACGAUUUAGUUCAUGCGCUCGUCAAGUCAGGCUGCAUUCCAGAGAACCAUGGCACUGAAAUGAAGAAGAUGUCUUUCCAAAGAUGCGCAAGGACUGAUAAGGGAGUUUCUGCAGCUGGUCAGGUUGUAUCUCUUAAACUUUGGCUCAUUGAUGAUGUAAUGGAAAAGAUCAAUGGACAGCUACCUGCUCAAAUCAGAAUUUUAGGGCUGAAAAGAGUAACUGGUGGCUUUAACUCCAAGAACAAGUGUGACGCAAGGACUUACUCCUACAUGCUGCCCACCUUCGCCUUCGCACACAAGGACAGCAACAAGCAGGACCAAGGGUACCGGCUCAACAAGGAGACCCAGGAGAGAGCCAACGUGCUCUUCUCCUGCUACAAAGGAACGCACAAUUUCCACAACUUCACCUCCCAGAAGGCGGCCCGGGACCCCAGUGCCAAGCGCUACAUCAUGGAGAUGUACCUGGAGGAACCCUUCACCCGGCAGGGCAUGGAGUUCGCCGUCAUCAAGGUGAAAGGUCAGAGCUUCAUGAUGCACCAGAUCAGGAAGAUGAUUGGCCUGGUCAUCGCGGUAUUGAAAGGCUACACGGCCGAUUCCAUCAUAGAGAGGAGCUGGGGGGAGGAGAAGGUGGAUAUUCCCAAAGCGCCAGGGUUGGGUUUGGUUCUGGAGCGUGUCCAUUUCGAAAAGUAUAACAUGCGCUUCGGAAGCGACGGGCUCCAUGAACCCCUGGACUGGGUGGAGGAGGAGGACAGGAUUGCUGCUUUUAAAGAAGAACACAUCUACCCCACAAUCAUCCAGACUGAAAUUGAGGAGAAGUCCAUGGUGAACUGGCUAGGCACAUUGCCGAUCCAUGACUUCGAAGCCACAGCAUCUGGGAAUCAGUCUGCUAAAGCCCAGGACGAUGAGGAGGAUGGCAAUAAUGACUCUGAUUGAAAGAACACCGCUGUGCUGCAGACGCCCUCAUCCAAUGGACUAGUACUAAAGAUGCUGCGUCUGGAUUACAAAUUCAUUCCCAGCACAGCAUUAUUACCCUUCAACCCAGGGAGCCGAGGCGUGGUUUUAUUUGGUAUCACCAAAAGAAUGUAAAAGGAGAUCUGAAUCACUCUUUUGACAGCUAUGAAGCAUCGGCAGCAGGUUGCAUCUGAAAGACGUUUUUCAGCAGGACGUCUGCCAUUGCAGAAGAUGAUGGCUUUUAUUUUCUUUUGUUGCUGCAUCAACGGAAUUAUUUUAAACGUUUGGAAAUGGUUCUUGUUUUUAUUAUUACUAUUAUUUCCAGGCGAUAGAGAGAUAGUUGAUGUGUGUUUGUAAGGUAACGUACAGGCACUGUACCAUUAUGGCCAUCUCAAUGAAACUCUCAAAAAACUUACUUUUAGCUCCUGUCUGGAAAGCGAAAAUAAAUGUUUAAUAACAUGAAAACUAGGUGUAAGUUACAUGUACUAAUGCUGGGGAAUUGCAAGCGCUCAUACUUUGUAUGGAAAUGAGCACAUAUAAAUACUCUUGUGCAUCUAAAAGUACUGUCUUUUGUAAUAAUUCAAUCAUCAUUUAAAUAAAUCGGGUCUUCCUAAUGUAAACAUGCUUUAUUUUUACCUAUCACUAGAAGUCAUGUGAAUAUGUUUUAGGAUUGAACCUGGCUGCUGCAAAUCCACAGUUUUGUUGAUACAGUUUGAAGGCUGACUGGACCUGGUCUGUAUGACGUAUGAUCACAACAUGAAUGCUUUUCUCCCGAUUUCAAAAUGUUUAGCAGGAAUGGUCAUGUGUUGUGUAAAAAUGUAUCAAGAAAUACAAUCUUCUUGGAUGUAUUCAUCUUGUUGUUGUACAUACUUGCUGUAUAAAACCCACGUCCAACACAAACUGUAUAAGCAAUGCUGUAUUGUAUGGGUUGGUUCUCAUUUCUUUUGAUUUUAGUCAUAUUUUUCCACUAACUAAAAAACAAAUAAGACCCAUGCAUUUUUCAUGCAAACAAAAAGGGCUAAAUAUGAAAAAGGGUGUUCCCCCAAUGUCAUAUCUAAAUAAAUGCUGUAAACUAUUGCUCUCAUUUCUUAAUAAAGUACAUUUGAAUCAUGUU